AUGUCCGCCACCGCCCCAGUCCCCUCCAACGACUCGGCGAUCACCGACGCGGAGAAGUCGCGCUGGGACGCGCUCAUGCCCGAAAUCUUCGCGCUCCGGCUCCAGCAGCACCUGCACCAGUACCGUCUCGUCGUCGAUGGUACCACCCUCGGCACGCAAUUCGGGUCCCCGAUCGGCCCGGGCGGGGAGCGCGUCUCGUUCGAAGCGUUCACCCCCGAAGGCGUCUCGGUCUCGUCGACGAUCAUGGUGUACGUGGUGAGCCCAGUGUCGAAGAAGGAUUAUUUGGUGGCGAAGUGGCCGACCACUCCCGCUCGAAGGGCGGGUCAGGAGCUGGAGGCGGAGGCGGAGGAGUGA